AUGUCUUCCAAAUUCUUUUUAAAACAUAUUCAAUUGAUAACAUUUGAUGUUCAUAAUGUUCUUCUAACAAUACGAAAUGGUGCUCCUUAUCAAUAUGCUCGUUUAGCUCGUCAACAUUUGGGUAUUCAAUCUAUUGAUGAAUCUUUACUUCGAUCAAAUUUUAUUCAAGCUUUUCGAACAUUAAAUAUUACUCAUCCAGGUUAUGGUGUUAAUACCAAUAUAUCAUCUCGUCAAUGGUGGACAUUAAUAAUUGAAUAUACAUUUAAAGAUUAUCAAUUAUCAUCAUUGCAACUUGAAAAAUUAAGUAAAAUCAUUUAUGAUGAAUUUGCUAAAGGUGAUAUGUGGAUAAAGCAUUCACAAGCAGAUUAUGUUUUAAAAGAAUUGAAAAAAAAUAAAAAACUUGGGGUUAUUUCAAACUUCGAUGAACGCCUUGAAUCACUUCUUGAACAACAUAAUCUUCGACAAUAUUUUCAAUUUAUUUUAACACCUCGAAAUUGUGGAUUAUAUAAACCACAAGAAGAAAUUUUUUCUCAUGCCGCAAAUUUAGCAAAUAUUCAAUCAAAUAAUAAUCUAUGUCAUGUGGGUGAUGAUGUUAAACUUGAUUAUCGAGCAGCACAAGCAGCAAAUUGUCAUGUUUUAUUACUUAGUAAAAAUGAAGAAUCAAAAAAAAAUUUAUUAAAUGAACAUAAAGAUAUUGAUAGAAAUCAUGUUAUUUUUAAUCUUGACGAGUUAUUAAAUUUAUUUAUUUAG